CUGCGGGAAGGGGCUGGCCCCGCGCAACCUUUCGCGUCGGAGGUCGUGUGAGCAGCCUCGCGUGGCGGGCGUCUCUGAGAGAAAUUAUUCAUAUUUUAGGAACCUAAAAAUUGUUCUCCGAGAAGAAACCCAUUAGUUUGGAACUGGAGGAUUCCUUUGCAUCAGAUACUCAAAUGAAAGAAUCACCAGUAGAAGGUGAACCACACAAGGCAGUGGCACCACAGUUGCUACGGCUAGAUGAAAUUAAGACAGAACCUGACAAUACUCAGGAGUAUUGUCAAGCCCAACAGUCCAAAACUCAGGAGAAUGAAAUGAAAAUAAAUACUACGUUUUCAGACAGUGCAUCACAGUUGACUACAGGCAUUCCGCUUUCUCUGGCAUCAUCUGGCAUGAAUAAAAUGCUUCCUUCAGUUUCAACAACAGCUAUUCAGGUUUCCUGUGCUGGUUGUAAAAAAAUUCUCCAGAAGGGGCAAACUGCUUAUCAGAGGAAAGGGUCUACUCAGCUUUUCUGCUCCACACCGUGCAUCACUGAAUACAUUUCAUCUGCCAGUUCACCAGCUCUUCCCAAGAGAACUUGUUCAAACUGCUCAAAAGACAUUUUAAAUCUAAAGGAUGUGAUCAGUGUCCAGCUGGAAGAUAGCACCUCUAGCAAAAAUUUUUGCAGCCAAUCUUGUCUCUCAUCAUAUGAAGAAAAAAGAAAACUAUUUGUGACUAUAUUUACUAACAGCAUUUUAACCAAAUGCAGCAUGUGUCAGAAAACUGCUCUUAUUCAAUAUGAAGUAAAAUACCAGAACAUGAAACAUAAUCUUUGCAGUAAUGCUUGUUUUUCAAAGUUUCACUCUGCUAACAGCCUCAUCAUGAACUGUUGCGAGAACUGUGGAGCUUACUGUUACACUAGCUCUAAUCUGUUCCAUAUACUUCAGAUGGAAGGACAGUCUCGUUACUUGAAUAGUUCAAAGAGUAUUACAGCAUACAAGCAGAAACCAGCCAAAACCCUGACAUCUGGUCUUUGCAAAUCAUUGAAGUCCUCAGAUGAAAUGAUUGAGAUUACCAGUGACUUGGGGAAGACAGAACUUUUCUGCUCUGUUCAUUGUUUCUCUAUUUAUAGUAAAACUAAGAUGGAAUCUUCUACAGUAAAUGUUUCCAUGGUGCAAGAUACUUCACCGGAGCUCCUUUCUCCAAAGAAAGAUACAACUCCAGUUAUAAGCAAUAUAGUGUCAUUAGCAGAUACUCAUGUUGCCCUGCCCAUCAUGAACUCUGAUGUCUUACAAGGUACAGUUUCUUCAGUAACAGCAAAUGUCAUUGCAGAUAUUUCUAAGGGUUUACCCAGUGAGUCAAGUAGUGGUGUUGCUAAUAACAGUGUGGAACAGCCAAGCCUUUCACCAUCUUCAUCAGUACUUGGUCAGCAUACAGUUGGCUCCAGUACAGAAGUACAAAAAGAUCAAGUGUCAAACCAAGAUACUACAUGCAAUCUGAAAUCUAUGAAAAUAAUUGAUGGACUAAAUCGCCCAAAAUUUACAUCCAAAGUACAAAAAGUUAAAGGUAAAUCACGAAGUAUUAAAAAAUUUUGGUGUUCAAAUUUUCAGCAGUUAGAAAACAGUGUUAAAAAGGAUGUGACAUUCUGUUAUUCGUGCCAGUUGUUUUGCCAAAAAAAUUUUAGCUAUGAAAGAGAAUCAUUUGCAACGCAAGGAAUUUCUAAUUGGAAAAAAACUAUGGAAAAAUUCAGAAAGCAUGAAAAAAGUAAAAUGCAUUUGAAGUCAUUGCAAUUUUGGAGGGAUUACCAGUUUUGUGAUGAAGCUGUCAAUGAUAAUUUAUCUGUUCGUUCAAAACAGAUUGAAGGAAAUAAAAAGUUCCUAAAGCUUAUAAUUGAAAAUACUUUAUUUCUUGGAAAGCAGUGUUUACCCUUAAGAGAAAAUGACCAGUCUGUUUCAUCUGUGAAUAAAGGCAAUUUUUUAGAAUUGUUAGAAAUCAGAGCAAAAGAUAAAGGAGAAGAAAUAUUUCAACUUAUGAAUUCACAAGUUGACUUCUAUAACAGUACACAAAUUCAAAAUGAUAUUAUUGAAACAAUAAAGACCGAAAUAUUGCAAGAUAUUGUGAAUGAGAUCAAUUACUCCUCAGCUUUUUCAAUAAUAUGUGAUGAGGCAACUUAUAGUGCCUCUAAAGAACAGCUUUCAGUUUGUGUGAGAUACUCACAAAAAACACCAAAGGCUAUCUUAAUUAAAGAAAGAUUCUUGGGUUUCAUAGAUAUUGAAGAGAUGACUGGGACCAACUUACACAGGACUAUCACGACUUACUUGCAGCAAAUUGGAGUUGAUUUGAGUAAAAUACGAGGCCAGGCCUAUGAUAGUACCACUAAUUUGAGGGUAAAAUUUAACAAAACUGCAGCAGAAUUCAAGAAGGAAGAGCCAAGAGCUUUAUACAUACAUUGUUAUGCACAUUUUUUGGAUUUAGCUGUUAUUAGGUUUUGUAAAGAAGUAAAAGAACUCCGAAGUACUCUAAAUAUUCUCAGUUCUUUAUUCAACACUAUUCAUAUGUCUGAGGAAAUGUCUGCAAAUUUUCAAAAGAUUUGUAAGCUAAGUCAAAACAAAACAUGCAAAAAACAUACAUCACAAUCAUGUUGGACAGUCCAUGAUCAUACAUUACUAUCUGUGAUUGAGGGUCUUCCAGAGAUUAUUGAAACACUGGAAGUUGUAUCAAGCCAUUCUUCAAACACAAGUUUGGCUGAUGAAUUGAGUGAUUUGUUGACAUUGGUUUCCAAAUUUGAAUUUAUCUUUUGUUUGAAAUUUCUUUAUCGAGUACUAAGUGUUAUAGGAAUUCUUUCCAAAGAGCUUCAAAGUGAAACCAUAGACAUUUUUUCUUUGUCUUCAAAAAUAGAAGCAAUUUUGGAAUGUUUAUCAUCUGAAAGAAAUGAUGUCUAUUUCAAGACUAUCUGGGAUGGAGCAGAGGAAAUAUGUCAAAAAAUAACCUGUAAAGGUUUUGAAGUUGAAAGACCUUCUUUUCAGAAGAGAAGAAAAAUUCAGAAAACAGUAGACCUUGGCAAUUCAGACAGUAUGUUUUUUCCUACCUCAGCAGAAGAACAAUAUAAAAUUAAUAUUUAUUACCAAGCGUUAGAUACUGUUUUACAAAAUUUAAAAUUAUGUUUUUCAGAGUUUGAUUAUUGCAAAAUGAAGCAAAUUUCAGAAUUAUUAUUUAAAUGGAAUGGACCAUUAAAUGAAGCAACAGCCAGACAUGUCCAAGAAUUCUAUAAACUUGAUGCAGACAUCAUCCCAGAACUUAGAUUUUAUCGGCAAUAUGCAAAGCUCAACUUUGUCAUAGAUAAUGAUCGUAUCAACUUCAUCAAUCUUGGCUAUUUGUUUAUUCAGCAUGGUCUUCACAAUAAUAUUCCUUGCGUAUCAGAGUUAUUAUAUAUCGCUUUGUCUUGGCCAAUUACUUCAGCAAAUGUUGAAAACUCAUUUUCUAUACUGCCUCGUCUUAAAACUUACUUAUGUCAUACCAUGGGGCAAGAGAAGCUCAGUGGCUUGGCCCUAAUGGCUAUUGAGCAGGAAUUGGUAAAUAAACUGAUGGAGCCUGAAAGACUCAAUGGAAUUGUGGAAAAGUUUAUCCAUCAGAUGAAAGAAAUAUAAUACUUGCUAAUUUGGAUUUCCCUGAAUUUUGUAUUUCUGUUGUAAGUUUUUAUUUCAAAUUUUUGUCUCUUAAGAAAAUUUAUCUUUGGCUUGCCCUUUUCACUUUACAUUUUUUUUUUACAUGGUUUUUUUGAGAUUGUCCCAUGUCAGUAUAUAAAGAGUUUCUUGAUCCUUUUUGUACAACUGCAUAAGAUUUAAUUGUAUGGAUGUACCAUAAAAUAUUGGAACAGUCCUACUGAUAAACAUUUUAAUUCUUAUCUUUUGCUAGUAUAAAUAAUGCCGUAAUAUGACCUUGUACACAGGUCAUAUUACACAUCAGUGAGUUACUGUAAGAUAAAACUUUAAAUGAAAAUUGCUAGGUCAAAAGAUUUGUGCAUUAUAUUUUUUUUUAUAUUGACAAAUUGGUUUCUCCAAGGAUUGUGCCAAUUUAUAGUACCACCAACAAUGUGAGAGUGCCUAUUUCUUCAAAUCUUUAUAAAGCUGUUUUAUCAAACAUUUUGAUCUUUGACAAUGUUAGUUGGUAUUUUAAUUUCUGUGGAGAUUAAAUGAGUGGAAUUUUGUAUUUUCACUUAAUAAGGUGGGAUAUCUGCUUGAGCCAUUUAUAGAUCCUUUUUUUGUGAACCGUCACAUUUAAACAUUAAAUAUUGCUCUUUUGGAUUGAUACAGUAGCUGGAUGACACAAUAGGAACUCUUAAUCUACUUUAUGAAAAUAUGACUAUUUUUCAAGUAACCCCAAAAGAAAGGACUCUUUUUCUAUCUCUAUACUUUACAAAAGUUUAGAUGAAGGAAAUCUGUUACUCAAAGCUCUGAAAGAAUUUAGUGGUAGAUAUGCCUGGGUCUGGAAUUUUUUUUCUCCUUUUGGAGGAAUAUUACUCUGCUACUUUCCCUUGCUGUUGCAUCAACUUUAUAGAAUUUGUAAUUUGCUUAAGAGUUGUAGAAGGCAUUCUCUUUGUAUAUACCUAUACUUCGUUAAUCUUCUAUACAGUUUUCUUGAUUAUGCCAACUAGUGGUUUUGUUUUUUAUACAGUCUUAAAUUUACUUAUCAAUUCUACUUUUAAAAUUAUGGUUGACUUUAACAUAGAAAAAUACAAAGGAUAUAACAAGUAACAGUCUUAUUAAGUCCUAACAUUUUACCAUGCUCCAGAUUUUUAUUUCAGAAAUACAAUAUAGCUCAAGUUAAAGCUCCCUUGCAAAUCUUUUCCUGGUAACAUUUCUAUUUUCUUCAGAGGUAACGAUUAUUUGGUGUACGUCAUUCCAUGUAUAUAUAAUUUUAUACUUAGUACAUAGCCUUGUUUAUAAACUUUACAUAAAACUUUAUAAUUUGCAUUGUACAUAUCUUUCUGCAGUUUGCUUUUUUCAAUGUUUUUGAGAUAUAUGGAUUUCUAGUUCAUUUAACUGUUGAGUAAUAUAUUAGAGUAUACAAGUUCAUGCUUUCUCUAUUUACAUGGAUAUUUUGUCUGAUUUUGCACUUUUAUAAUACUCCAGUGGUCAUUUUUGAAUGUGGUAUGCAGUUGUACAGUCAACAAAUAUUUACUGAGCAAGUCACUAUAUACCAGACACACUAUUCAAGCUGCUGGAGAUCCAGCAGAUAAGGUCCUGACUCCAGUGAAACUUAGCUUUCUAAUAUGGAAAUCUAAGAAGCAUACUAGAAGAGGUUGCUUAUCAACUAACUAACUCUUUUCUGUAAGAUGAUAAUACAGAAUAUUUGUAUGCCAUACUAUGAUAAAAGAUGAAGCUUUGGGAACUGUGGCCAUUUAAAGGCCUUACCCAACUACCCAUUCCUGGCACACCAGUUGCUAAUAACAUCUGCUCUAGAGUGCUUAUUUAGAAGUGGACUUGAUGGGUGAAGGCUGUGUGCAUCAUUUACUUCCUCACAGUUAUACCCCUUUGCCAUUCCCACCAACAGUAUCUGAGUGUUUCUGUUGUUCUACAUCCUUGCCAACUUUGGUAUUGUCAUUUUACUCUUUAUUAAAAACUGAUUUCUACUUUUAUUAAAAAAACAAACUACAGAAGGCAGUUAAUCUCUAGUACUGAAUGCUUACUGCAUAGAUUUUCAUUCUUUUGUUUUGUAAUGAACAUGCCUAACACUAUGAACUUUCCUCUGAAGUCACCUUGGGUCUGCUAUGUGAUUUUUUCUCAUUUUCAUUAUUUUCUAGUUAUUUACAAUUGUUUGUAUUGUCAUGAAAGUUAAUUUCAAGAGGCUGUUUUUUUUUUCCCCCAAAAUGUUUUGGUUUUUAAUUUUCAAAAAUCUAUAAAGCUAGUAAUAAGACCUAGACCUGAAAAAUGAAACAAAAAAUAAAACUACAUUAAAACAGCUGUCUUUGUAA